AAAUGUCAAAUCAGUAGUGAUGUGUCCAGUAGUAAAAGCAGCAGUUUCGAAUUUUAAUUCUCGAAGCAAAAAUUAAAUUAAGAAUUCCAUCAUGCAUCUUUAGAAUCUAUGUACAAAUGUGUCUUUCAAUUGUGAAUCUUACCCAUCUCAAGCGAUCACAACAACACCAUGGAGGCCCUUUACUUCCAAACCAAUAGCCUGAUCCAGGAAACGCAGCAAUGUUUCCAACAACUGAGCAGCGUACGUGUCGACUCGGUUGCCGUCGAAGCCGACAUCCAAACAAAACUGGCCACAGUGAAUGCAAACUGCGACCGAUUAGACGUCCUGUUGUACAAGGUUCCGGUUGCCCAGCGGCAGAAUGCCAAGAUGCGGGUCGAUCAGCUCAAGUACGACGUUCGACACUUGCAAGCGGCUUUGAAACUGUAUCAGGACAAGAAGGCUCGCAAGGAGAUGGAGCUGGCCGAACGGGAGAGCUUGCUAAAUAAACGGUUCACGUCCAACUCGGAAACGUCUAUCGAUAUUGAUUACUCACUGCAGCAUCACAACUCGAUGCAGAAUGCGCACCGAGGGGUAGACGAAAUGCUCUGGACCGGAUCGAACAUACUGGACGGGCUGAGGAACCAGCGGGAAACGUUGAAGGGGGCCAAGAAGCGGAUCCUGGACGUGGGCAACACUCUGGGGCUUUCGAAUCAGACUAUGAAGAUGAUCGAACGGCGGCUGGUCGAGGACAAGUACGUGAUGAUCGGAGGAAUGAUUGUGACACUGUUGAUUAUUGUACUGGUUAUUUACUUUUUUGUAUUUUAAAGCUAAACGAUUCACGCCUGAUGCCUGUAAUACAUUAAUAUUAGGUUUACACACAGUUUAA